UUAGUGCAGUUAGGCCACGAUCGGUUUAAAUGCUAAUAUUUUGCGAGGAUAGAUGAAUAUUAUAAGAUUCUAACUAGAAAUAUUGUAAUACCCGCAUUCAAGCAUAAAAUUAAUUCAGUAGCCGGGAUCAUUUAUAAGGAACGGUUACCAAGCUCAGAACAAAGAAUGACACUUAAGUGAAGUGAACAGACAUGACAACCGUCGACCGUGCAUAGGAUAGAGAAAAAAUUUAUAAGCUGUGUUUUAACUAGGUUUGAAUUAUUGUUUUCAUCAUAAUUUGUAUAAAUAGGAAACAAUUACAAUAAAUUUUUAAAUGGGUAUAUUAACACUGCAAUAUGGUCAAUGUGGAAAUCAAAUUGGACAUGAUCUUUAUUCUCUUCUACUUGAGGAUAUUCAACAAAGAAAAAAAGAUAACCCCCACUUUAGUUACGAAUACAUUGAUCAAUGGUUUGAUAUGGACAACAAAGGAAUGUUUAGGCCAAGAAGUAUUAUGAUUGAUACUGAAACCAAAGUAUUAAAUUCAUUAAAAAAAUCUCCCCAGAUGAACUUGAAUCGAGUUGUUGCUGAAUCUAUCGGAGGGUGUGCAAAUAAUUGGGCUGCAGGUUACAUGGAAAACAAUAAAACAUUCAUACAGGAAGUUCUUGAUAUAGUUAGGAGCGAAAAUGAAAAAUCAGAUUCAGUUUUGUCACUUUUAAAUAUUUAUAGCCUUUCUGGUGGAACUGGUUCUGGAGUUGGUAGUUCUAUUAUUGAAAAUCUAUGUGACCUAUAUUCUAAGAAGAAUAUUAUUAAUUGUGCAGUUUUACCUUAUGUAAGAGGAGAAAUUUCAACACAGUCAUAUAAUUGUGUUUUGAACUUGUCAAAACUAUAUUCAAUCACAACCAGUACAAUUAUCUUUGAAAAUGAAAAGUUGCUACAUUUGUGUAAAUAUAGUUUAGGACUUAGUAACAUUAAUUAUUAUGAUAUUAAUAGAAUAAUUUCUCAACAAAUUGCUUCAUUUUUCCAUCCAGUUAAAAACGUUAAUGAUAGUCUAAAUUUAAUAAAUAAUUUAGUUGUGCAUCCUUAUUACAAAUUCUUACAGAUCAGAACUGAACCAAAUGUGAAAAUCACUUUUGAAAAUUCUUUGGAAAAUGCUAUGAUUAAACAAUCCUGUUAUGACCUCAAGCACUCAAAUAAGGUCAAUAAAUGUUUGUCAAGUGUAUUCAUUUGCCGUGGUAAGGAAAUUAGUAUCUCGAAAAUACUUAAAAAUUCACACAAUUUUGUUUCUUGGAUACCAGAGCAACACAAAAACAGUAUUUACUAUGUUAAUUCACCUUUUUUAAAGUACAAAUCAUUCUUAACACAGUGCUUCAAUGCAAAUAACAUUGUUACACCUUUGCAAACUCUCAUUAAUGAUGCUUGGAUUAGUUUUACACAUGGGGCAUAUUUACAUCAUUAUAACAGCUUUGGUGUUGAUAAGGAAUAUUUUUUAAAUUCAUUCCAACAAAUGGAAAAUAUUUUGUAUGAUUAUAUAAAUAUUUGAGACAAUAAAGUAAUUAAAAAUCA